AAGGUGGUAGCACUACUUCAAAACAUGUGGAUUUGAUACACGGUGGAUAGAAUUCAGAUUUGGUAGAAUUUCAAGUUAGUUUUUCCGGUUAACUUACAAAAAACUGAUUGCUAAGAUAAAAGGAAGAUGGCAAAGAAUAAAAAUCCUGAAUUAGAAAGGAAGGAUGGAGAGACCAGUAUGCUACAGAAAAGUAAGAAAAUUAAAAAGGUUGGCAAAAAGAGUUUUGAGGAUAAAAAAAAACUGCAGCAAACAAUCAUAAAAAAAUCUGUUGGGCCAGUAAAAGAAGACACUGGCGAUAUGAACGGAAAAUCUAAUGUAGCUGAUGUGGUUCUACAUAAGAAAUCUAAAAAAAAUAAACAAAAAAAUGGCAAAGAAAAGGAGAGACCUGUUACAGAGGAUACUAGUGACGCAGCACUUGCAAGAAUAGAAAAGAAAAAAGCCAAAAAGUUGGCUAAAAAGCUUAAAAAACAACAAAAGAAAGAAGCACAAAAAUUGGAAGGACUAAAAAAGGAUAACAAAAUCAUAUCUGUUGUUGAGCAGACUCAAGAAGCAUCAAAAUUGAAACAGAAUAAAGAAAAGAGUAAUGAUUUGAACCAUAAAGAGCUUAAGGAACGUGAGCCCUUCAAAGAGGCAGCAACUGUUUUCGUAGGGAAUCUGCCAGUGAAUACUAAGCGCGUUCAGUUAUUACGUUUAUUUAGCGAUUAUGGUCCAAUUGACGGAAUUCGUUUUAGAACGGCCUCUGGUAAAGUUUUGUUUAAACAUAAGGAUCGAAAGGAGGCUGGCUCUCUAAAUGCUUGGGUGGUGCUCAAAAAUGUCGAGGCGGUGACGCGCGCUCUAAAUUUAAAUGGUACCAUAUUUAAAAACAAUCAUUUGCGUGUAACACGUGUCAACGUAGAUAGCAAUUCUAUGGAUACAAAACGCACAAUCUUUGUCGGUAACCUAAAAUACAGUGCUAACGAAGAGAAACUACGGGAAAUAUUCUCCAGUUGUGGUGACAUUGAUUAUGUGCGUUGUCUACAUAAUGACAAAGGCUGCAAAGGGGUGGCAUAUGUCUGUUUUAAAGCGCCAGAGGCAGUAGGAUUGGCAUUAGAGCUCAACGAAACCAUGCUAGAUGAACGUCCAAUACAUGUAGAACGAUAUUCUGUCAAAAAGUUGGAUGCAAAAAAAAUCCGUGAUGGAUCAGAUGAGGUGACGAAAAAACCAUCACGUGCAGGGGAGAAAAUGAAGGGCAAAAAACCAAAAGAUAUGAAACAAGAGGCUCCACAGACAAUAAAAGGGGGUGACACUAGCAAAAAAACAAAGUUUCGCGGAGUCAAAGUUGAUGGUUUGAAGAAAAAACAGAAAAAGAAGGUCACAAGUCAAAUGCAAAAGUUAGCGAAAAAAAUAGCGCCGAAAGAGAAAUAAUAAAAUGUAACUCAUUCGGUUGAUAACGUA